UAUUUUCAUGAUUUUCGCAGAAAUGCUGUAAACUUUUUACUUGUGAAUCUGGCUAUCUCAGACAUCGUGAUUGCAAUCUUCAUCAUACCCGACUUCAUCCUAAGCCGCACAUUUAGCCAUCCUGACGGAGCGACCGGGUCAGUUCUAUGCCGUCUGCUGACAGGCGGAAACUUCUCGUGGGUUGGAGCUGCUUCAUCGGUUUUUACCUUGAUGGUGAUAUCCAUCGAACGCUAUCAUGCAGUAUUGCAUCCUUAUGGAAAUAGAUGGAAGCUUAGCUAUCACAACCUGAAGGUAAUUAUUCCAAGCUGUUGGAUCUUUGCAGUGAUUAUGAUUCUACCAACGUUUCUUAGUGUUGAUUUUGACAACACCAUACGCGACUGCGAAGAAUAUUGGCCCUCAAAGUGGAUGGGCAUAGCAUACAGCAUAACCUUGUUUUUAAUCUUGGCCGCCCUUCCUUUGGUAUUAAUGACUGGCUUAUAUUCACGAGUGGUGUACGCUUUGUGGUUCAGAAAAAAUGAUCACACUCAACUCUCUCAUCAACAACAAGGUGUCAUGAAAGUACGAAGGCGGGUCACUUUAACAGUGACAAUUGUCAGUGCCAGUUUUGGAAUCUGUUGGAUCACAGACUCGACCAUCUUUUUCCUGCAUCACGUCACUUCACCUUACAGUGAUGUAAGUUUUGCUAUUGGCACUAUAAUGAUCCUUUCCAAUUCUGCUCUCAACCCCUUUGUGUAUGCUCUGACCAACAAAAGAUUCAACCAGAAGAUCAAGGCUAUGUUACACCGUAAUUUCUUCCAAAGGAACAAGGUUCAUCCAGGUGAGGAACAUCUCAGCUGCAACGAACUAACGAAAGAACACAAGACGAUAGCAGCAUUCCUUCAGAUUUCCCAUUAGGUGGGACCGACUUCUAGAAAUUAAGCAAUUGUAGGUUGCGUAAUCAAUCAGCACUACAUAAAACUUAACUUACUGGAAUAACUGUAAGGAGACACUAUGUGUCUGGGGAGCAGCGAAAAAGCGCUAAAUUUCUUAGGUUACGAAACUCUGGAGAAAAAGCGUGAGAGCCAUGUACGCAAUUUAGUCAUGAAAUGCUUAAGCAACCGUUGUCAACAGUUCUUUAUGCACUACUUUAAUUAUAACAAAGAUGUAUUACCUGGAGCAACAAGAAGCAGCGGUAAACCUAGACUUCUGUCUAUAAAGUUAAAAUGUACAAAAAAGGCCCUUUUAUCAUGGCUGUGUAAUUUUUAAUCAGAUUUUAAGAUUUUUAAGAUUUUAAUUGUAAUUUGAUUUUUAGGUCCUUUGGAUAACAUUUUAUAGCUAUUUUUGAAUGUACUUGA